ACGCGGCCUCUGCGAGCGCCAAGGAGCCCGCGCGCGCGCGCCUGCCCACUCCAAAGAUGUGAAAAUGGCGGAGCUACAAAUGCUUCUGGAAGAGGAGAUCCCGGCCGGACGCAGCGCGCUGCUGGACAGCUUCACCAACUUGGAGCGGGUCGCGGAGUACUGCGAGAGCAACUAUGUCCAGUCUCCAGACAAGCAGAGGGCGCUGGAGGAGACCAAAAACUACACCACCCAGUCUCUGGCGAGCGUGGCCUACCUGAUCAACACACUAGCCAACAAUGUGCUACAGAUGCUCGACAUCCAGGCGUCGCAGCUCCGCCGGAUGGAGUCCUCCAUCAACCACAUCUCCCAGACGGUGGACAUCCACAAAGAGAAAGUAGCACGGCGGGAAAUCGGUAUCCUCACCACCAACAAGAACACGUCCCGCACACACAAGAUCAUCGCCCCCGCCAACCCCGAGAGGCCCGUCCGCUACAUCCGCAAGCCCGUCGACUACAGCCUGCUGGACGACAUGGGUCAUGGAGUUAAGUGGUUGCAAAGGUUUAAGGCUAACGCUCAGAACAUGAAGACCGGAGGAGGUGCUCUUCCUCGCACCAACCCCCCCACACAGAAGCCCCCCAGCCCGCCCAUGACGGGGAAGGGGACGAUUGGGCGCCACUCGCCCUAUAGGACGCUCGAGCCGGUGCGUCCGCCCGUUGUCCCUAACGACUACGUCUCGAGCCCAACGCGCAACACGGCGCUCCCCCAGCAGAGCCCCGCACGCACUGCAUCAGUUAAUCAGAGGAACCGCACGUACAGCAGUGGGAGCAGCGGAGGCAGCCACCCCAGCAGCAGUCGCAGCAGCAGCCGGGAAAACAGCGGCAGCGGAAGCGUCGGAGUUCCCAUCGCCGUGCCGACCCCGGCCCCGCCCACAGCCUUCCCAGGAUCAGCCCCCGCCCCUUCAAACCCAGCUAAACCCGCCCCCAACAGUGCCACAACCCCCGGCCCCCCCUCUUCUGCUCUAGACGGCCCCCCACAAGCCCCCAACCCCCCCGCAGAGGUCCCGCCUGUACCCCCACCCCCUCCCCAGCUCCCCACCAACACAACCCCCCCUGGUUCCGGUCCUGCUCCUUUUGGCAACCCGGCACAAGGCGCGCCUCAGUUCUACAGCAUGAACCGCCCCCUCCAGCAGCCCCAGAACCAGCAGGUGGGGGGCUCCUUGCCGUACCGCCGGCCGAACUCCGUCACCGGGCAACCCAACACGGCCCACAACCCCACCCAGCUCAACGGGGGGCCCCACUACACCCAGAACCCAGCUGGCCCACACGCGCCCCCUCCCCCCUCCAUGCAGAUCACCCCUCAGCUGCCCCUCAUGGGCUUUGUGGCCCGGGUUCAGGAGACCAUCUCAGACGUGCCGCCGCCGCCUCCACCCUCAGACGAGCCGGUGUUUGAGGAGCCCACGCCGCCGCCUCCUCCGCCCGAGGACUACGAUGACGAUGAAGAUGAAGAGGAGUCGGCGGUGGUGGAGUACAGUGACCCAUACGCUGAAGAGGACCCGCCCUGGGCCCCCCGAACCUACAUGGAGAAAGUGGUGGCCAUCUACGACUACACUCGCGACAAGGAGGACGAGCUUUCAUUCCAGGAGGGCUCCAUCAUCUACGUGAUCAAGAAGAACGACGACGGCUGGUUCGAGGGCGUGAUGAACGGCACCACGGGCCUCUUCCCGGGCAACUACGUCGAGUCCAUCAUGCACUACGCCGACUGAACAACCUGCCCCUCCGCUGAGUGGGAGGGAGCACCCGGCAGGGAAGGGGGAAGGGGGAGGGAGGGUUUUCCGGUGUCAGACUUUGGGUCCGACGGAGCGCGGUCGCCUCCGGACAAAGAUGGGGGAGAUGGAAAGGACAUCGUGGCCCGGCGUCAUUCUCUCCACAUCGCCGUUGUACAACAACCACUACUCCAGUUACAGUACAUCCUCCCCCGUAGUGUUUCUUCAUCCGUUAGAGUGGACGGUGGUGGAUUUUAGUUCCCAGAGUUUCGUCUUACAUUUUGAAGCCACUACACGUGUUGGUUUGCUUCAUAUCCUUUGCGUUCUACCGACUUAUUUACGAUAUUUAUUUGUAGUGGGAUAAAUGGCGAGCAGGUGGCCGUUGUCGAAGGCUUCAGAUAACUGUCAAAUAUCGGUAACCUUAGCGGAAGGGCCGAUUCUCCUCAACACUCCAGAGACAACAGUAUCCUCAGUGUGGGAAUGCGGGGGGAGGGGUCACACAGCGUGGUACCUCGGCAGAAAGCGGUGCCAAAGCUGAGCAAAAUAAGCACAUCCGAUGUCUUAAAGCGCCGCCCAAAGCUCGCGUGGGUCCGCCCGAGGGCCCAGCUCUCGCUCCGUUGGGUCGAUUGUCACGUUUUGCACACAGGUUCAGUCGCUCCAGACGUCUCCAGGAAGGACAUCGUCAUCAACGUGGGAACACUCGUCUGCACAUUUUUUCCUUAUUUUAACCACGCGUUGAGUUUUUGCUUGAUCGCAUGUUUCCGAUGAGGAAAAAAAAACACUUCUGCUUUACUAAUUUUUACCGUCUUAAUAUUUUUUUGUUUUAGAUAUGCGGUGGGGUUGUUCUUCAUUUUUUUCUUGAUAUUCACCAGGAUGACGAUGCAUUUAGGACAUUUCUACGGUGUUUGUGCCAUAUUAAAGGGUGUUCACAGGUCAACAUUCGCAAUAAAUUGGCCGGAUCGUCAUCGGAAUGCUAAUAUUAUUAUUUCCUCUCCUUUCCUGAUUUAAUUUUUAUUAAAAAGCACAUACAUUUGUAAUAAAAAGGUGUAGAAGAAGAUAUAAUAUAAAUGUGAAAUGUAUUCUGUCCUCACGAUUGGACUUACUGAAUAUGAAAAGAUGCAAACUGUUGUGCUGAAAUGGUUCUAACUGUUGCAAGCGCCCCAUUACUUUAUAUAAAAAAGUCUGAAUUGUCCUCCAUAUAGUUUAAUAAGCUUUUGGCCGUGAAGUGUUUUUCCAGGGCUCAGUGCUUUACUUUAUGUUUGAAUCCUGUUUUCCAGUAAAAACCGAAGUAAAAAAAAUGUGGUUCUUGCAUGCCAUCGUUCUUAUCUGUACCGGUGUCCAGAAAAAAACACAAAUACAAAAAAACCAUGUGGCGACAUCCCCCGUUACCGAACGGACGGGCAUCUUUAACCAGGUACCUGCAGCCUCGUCCAAAGAGACUGUACAACUCCAAGGAACCCUAACUUAUGUGUGGGGCGUCUUCCCCCAAAGACUGUAGCCAUCCAUGACACUAUUGGAGGAGUUUUUUAUUCCCAAGUUGCUUUCGGCCCACUGUGGCGAAACAGCGGGCGGGGGAGGGGAGGAUCCACUUGCGUAGCUCCCUGAGAACAGCGCUAAGAACCACCGCCUGACGACCGCCGGGUUGCAGGAUUCACGGCCUCCUGGAAUCCCAGGCGUCCUUCGGGUUGUUGACGGUCCAUAACGCCAUCGUGUUGCACAGUUCAAAGUGGAGUUGCAGAAGCAUCAUGUUUGUAAAAUCAUGACAACAAAGACAAUAAAAUGAUGAAGAUUU